AUGUCCUCGCCGCUGCUCGCGCUGGGCAAGCAAAAGCUGCCGCUGCGCGUCGCACAGACCUCGGUGCGCUAUGCUGGUCGACAGGAGACCUCCGGGCCCGACCCCAGGAACGAUAUCAUCCGGCGCGCACUCUACCCCUCCAACAUCCGCAACCGGGCCUCUCCCGUAGGAACUUGGCGGCCAGACGUCGGGCGGCGGCUCCAGCGCGCCAUCCCUUCUGCACAGGCGCACGAGACGAUCGAGAGGGCGUGGUUCCUGCACCAGAGGCACGUCCGACGGGCGCGCAACGCGGAGCUCGAGCGCAAGUUCCAGUCCGUGCAAAACGCGAUGGAGACGCUGCGCCAGGUCGCGCCAGCGCUGUAUGCCGAUGCGAACAAGGAGGAGGACCCGCGUGCCAGGAGCUCGGCAGAGCUGGAGCUGUUGAAGAAGCUCAAGGGCCCGGAGAAGAAGGCCGUCGAGGCCAGGAUACGCGGGCUGUUCCCGAGGGAGUUGCGCAUUCCGACAGACACGCCUCCCCGGAAUGGAUGGACCUAUGAGUUCACGCCUGUGGCACGCCCCCCAUAG